CUUUUGAUAGAUAUGUACACACUUUGAUGGAAAAAGAGAGAAAAAAUUAGGGCCACAAAGAGGUUGCAAACAUAUUUGAUAAAUUCAAAUUGAAUUGACUGCUCGGCGACGAGGCCAUUUAGAUAAAAACGCGCCACGCACUGUGCCGACACCAAUUUUGGUAAGAAUCGUCGCAUCAAUUAACUACGGGCGCCGUUAGGGAAAGCAGGACAAAUGGCGGAAAACGGAAUGCGUGUGGGCCCAGGGUCAUCGUCGGCGGCAGCAGCGGCGGCGGCGGCAGCAGCAGUCAGUGUAAAUUCAGGUGCCAGCAAUGGUGAGCAUGAGAAUGAACAACACAAUGCGACGACUGCUUCUGGUGAGAACGAGAAGACUCAACCGGCGCGCCUAAAUGAGUCGGCUCAGAAAUAUAUGCAGGAACUGAUGAGCGAGCGAUCGCGCAUGGAGAAUCAGUUUCCAUUGGCCGUAAAACUAAUUGACGAAGCUUUGGAGCGAGUUCAGCUAAAUGGUCGCAUACCAACGAGAGAUCAAUAUGCCGAUGUGUAUCAGCAGCGAACGAUCAAAUUGUCGCAGAAGGUGCACGUGCCUAUCAAGGAUAAGAAAUUCAACUAUGUUGGCAAACUGCUUGGCCCCAAGGGCAACUCCCUGCGCCGGCUGCAGGAGGAAACGCAGUGUAAAAUCGUCAUACUCGGCCGCUUCUCCAUGAAGGAUCGUGCCCGCGAGGAGGAGCUGCGCAACUCAGCGGACGCCAAAUAUGCCCACCUGAAUCUUCCGCUCCACGUUGAGGUGUCGACAAUUGCGCCACCCGCCGAGGCCUAUGCCCGUGUUGCCUACGCCCUGGCCGAGAUUAGGCGCUAUUUAAUACCCGACAAGCACGAUGACAUACGUCAGGAGCAGUACAGGGAGCUUAUGGAGGAUCCGGAGGCUGCUAAGAAGUUGACACUGCGCCAGUUGCAGCAGCAACAACAACAGCAGCAGCAACAACAGCAGCAUCAGCAGCAACAACAACAAUCGGCUGCUGCUGGUGGCAAUGGCAAUGGAAACAAUCGUUCUGGAGGCAACUACAGACAAAAGUUUCAGCAGCAAUCGCACUAUCAUCACAACGACGAGACUGUCUAUUAUCGUUCACACAACACACACAAUAACACUUACCACCAGCCAAAGCCCUAUGUGCCAGCUGCCCAGAGGGGCAACGCCAUGCAUACUACAUUGCCGCCGCAGGCAAUUGUUCGGGCAUCACCGCCCGGCAUGGUGGUGAGUGCGGCCAGUUUUAAUGGACGCAAUGCCGGCAUGGGAAAUGCCGGCGGUGGCAUCAUGACGAACAGCAUUGUGGCUGCCACGGGAGGCGGUAUUGGUGGCGCUGUGCCGCCCAUACGACACUAUCGCCCUGCCGCCCCUUAUCAAUUUGUCAAGAAAUAAUACAGAAGCAAUGCUGCACCGACUGCCGCUCGCUGUUUGUUCACCAUAUUGUCAUCGUCAUCAUUAACUCAUCCAAAUGCAUGCCCCGCCUAGCAAAUGUUGCAUACAUACCAUGUUUAAUGCAUCUGCAUGCGACGCCAUCUGAUUUGGGCUUUGAUCAUCGAUUUAGGUGCAAGCCAAAUCACUCACACAACACACACACACACACUGCUCCAAAGGUAGAUGUAAUAAUUAUAAAUACAAAACACACAUACACAUUGACUUGUAACACGAUUUGGAAAAGUGGAAAACCAACAGAUAAAAAACCAAAACUGAUCGAAACGAAAAACUAAAAAACAAAAUGAGUAAUGAGAAUGUACGUAUAAGAAACUAGCCUAAGUAGACGAAUGCUCCAAAUGAACAGACACCACACACACACACACACAAUACACCAUACACACACUGCACACUAUAAACACCAAUACUAAGAUUGGACUUUCGAUUGAAAGAGGACACUCGUUAGAUGCCAUUUGCUAUGAUUAACUGUUUCCCUCAAUUCAUUCUUUUGAGCUGUGUGUUGGGCUCUGCGAGCAUUUUGUGAAUUGGUCAUUCAGACGGACCCCAAGGUGUCUUGAGUUUUUAAAUUUGUUUUGUUUUAUUUAAUAAUAAUCACACCUGACGCAUUUCAUUUCAUAUUUAUACAUAUAAUACUAUAACAUAUUUAGAGCAUACGUACGAAUCAAUUUGAAAUAUUUACUCUCAUUCUACAAUCAAUAUUUUAAUUUCUUUCGUUAAUGAAGAGGAGGCUUUUUAAUUUGUUACGUUGCACAAUCGAAAAAACUGCAAAUAUUUUGUGUUUUCUCUUUAAUUUUUUUUUUUAUAUUUAUGAUUUUGAAUGAUUUGUAUUUGCGUGUAGUUGAAUAUGAUGUAUCACAUCCACACCGAGGCACAUACAAAACAAAAACAUAUACCUACAUACAUAUAAUCAAGCAUACAAUACAUAUUUACAUAAAUAUAAACCAAAAAAAAAAAACAAGAAAA